UUUAUACUAAUGCCCCUCACAGUUUCCAAAUCUGACGCGAAUAGCUACUUCUUUCACUGCAAAUCAACAAGAAAUUUUCCGGUAGUGAAUCGCUCUUUCAUCAAUGGCCGGUUUCCUUCUAAAUUAUGAUUCUUGUCCUGUGGUGAAGAACAUACUUCUUUUGGAUUCGGAAGGAAAGCGUGUAGCUGUUAAAUACUACUCUGAUGACUGGCCGACAAACAGCGCUAAGGUUGCCUUCGAGAAGUCUAUUUUCACCAAGACUCAAAAGACAAAUGCUCGGACCGAAGCUGAAAUAACAAUGUUUGAGAACAACAUUAUUGUUUAUAAGUUUGUGCAAGACCUCCACUUCUUUGUCACUGGAGGUGAUGAUGAAAAUGAAUUAGUUCUAGCCACUGUUCUUCAGGGUUUCUAUGAUGCAGUUACCCUUCUCCUAAGGAAUAACGUUGAACAGAGAGAGGCACUUGAGAACUUAGAUCUCAUUCUUCUAUGCCUUGAUGAGAUUGUGGAUGGAGGGAUGGUUCUUGAAACUGAUGGUAAUAUUAUUGCUGGAAAAGUUUCCAGUCAUAACAUGGAUGAUGGAGCAACCUUGUCUGAACAGACAAUAACUCAAGCAUUGGCAACAGCGCGCGAACAUUUGACAAGAUCACUUCUCAGAUAAAAAAAUUCUUCAAGUUUGGAGAGCAAUUAUUUUUUGACGUAAUUCUUUAUGAUCAUAUACCUGUAGUUGUUUUUAUUUCAGAUGGUGAUGGUUGCGUAUUCGUAGAGUCAGUUAUUUUAUACCAUUUAUUAUGCUCCGUUGCCUGUACUAUCUUGUAAGAUGAGGAUAUCCUUAUUGCAUUUUGGAUCAACAUGAAUUUCUGUUUCUUUAAA